AGCCAAACAAUAAUAAAGCCAAUGAGCUCUGUGUGGUCAUGAAGAACAAUGACAAAUGGAUUGAUGAUGACUGCCAUAGGAAGAAUCCAUUUGUCUGCUACAGAGGAACAUUAGAGGAUUCUGACUUUGUGCUGGUGGAUACAUUAAAGAAUUGGACUGAGGCUCAGAGGCACUGCAGAGAACACUACACAGAUCUGGCCACUGUGAGGAACGACGCUGACAGAGACAAGAUACAGAACUCGAUAACACAUGUUGAAUGGGCAUGGAUCGGUUUGUACAGAGAUCCUCAGAUUUACUGGUCCGACGGGAGUAACUACUCAUUCAGCUCCUGGUAUCAGGGUGAACACCCACUUGGCUCGAUGAAAGUCGUAUGUGGUGUUGCAGAUUUGAAGAAGGGAGGAAAAUGGAGGUUAUUUCCCUGUGAAGACAGAAAACCAUUUGUCUGCUACAGCAUGCGUGGAUGGUGCUUCCUUGAGUGAAAGAGAGAGAACACAUGCUGACAUUAGAAAAACAGUUAUUGUCUCAAUAGUGAUUCUUAUAACAUUAAUGCAUUAAUGAAUAUUUGGAUGAUGUUUGUUCUGUCUAUUGUUUCUUUACAGUGAGAGAAACUAGAAAUGUCUUGUGAUGUACUUGUAUGUUAUCACUUCAUUAAUCUGCUCUGUGAUGGUUCUUCAAGACAAACUGACACUUUGGAACAUUUUGACUCUGUCUGGUUUCAGACUCCUUCACUAAUUCUCCUUGUGAAUGAGAUUUCAGCUCUUAGA